AUGAGUUGUUUGUCUUUCCUAUUUGCAUUUGCCAUUACCGUUACUGCGCUUGCUUGGAAAGCAGCCAUCAGCCGAGUGAUCCGGACAACAGGAGUGCCAGGCCCCAUCUUCGUUUUGUCUUCUUGCUGUGUCUGUUCAAUGUUGCACGUCAGGACUCAGGUGCACACCGAGGGGAGCCUGGCUUGUCUUUUCGCGGGUACCUAUGCCGGCGGAUGUACAACGCCAGAAGGGCUCAUGAUACCGGCACCCACCCAUGAUGCGGCUGCAUUGGCAACCCAGCAUGGCUUUACGCUAUCAACCCUACCGUACGCCUACCGAACAAGCUUUGAUUGCUGCUGCUACUCUGACUCUGUGCCAUGGAAAAGGCCAACACAGGCGCCCGCCCCUGUACUGCCGGCUUCUUUCAACUCCAGCACCCAUCUCUACAUAGCCUGGGCAUACGAAGCGCCACUAAGCAGCGCGCAAAGCUUCAAGGCCAAAGCGGGCUCCUCAGGGGCAUGUCUGCUGGCGUGCAAGUGUUGCCCAUGGAUGAAUCAUGACUCUCAAGCUGACGCGUUAUCGGAGGCUGAAGACGGAUCUACCCUUGCGACCUGUCCACCUAUAGUCUUUUGCUUCUGGGCGCGCGUGUUUCGGACGGGGUCGCUGUCGCACUUGGUCGCAACUUUGGCAGUGCCAGACGGCGGUGAUGUCACAAUAGGCGUAACAGCCGUGCCAGUCUCCGCCAAUCUCGGUCUCCGAUUAGUUGUUGCGAGUACUACUAGCCCAGCUGCAUUCCUGCCAUCCGUGUUUUUUUUUGUCUCCUCUGGUUUGGCCCAAACAGCCAUCAGAAUAUUCCCUGACCGCGGCUCACGUACAUCGCCGAGUGGCCUAGCCAUAUCUAUUUCCGCAAUCACGACCAUGUUCCUCCCCUCGUUACGCACCCAGAGUAUCGCCAUCCUCUCCCUAUCCCAGCUGCAACAUGCCAUAGCACAAUCCAUCUCCAUAUCCCCUGGAACCACGGCUCCUGAUAGCGCAUCCGACUACAUCAACCCGUCCUUUGCAGGCUUUGGCAUUGAGCCCUCCAAUCUAUUUUCCUUCACAGGCGACGAUGUGCCAAAUCAAUUUUCCGUGCAAUUACUGCAGAAUCUGGCAGAUUACUCGGGCGCCCCCGCGCACAUCCGGUUAGGAGGCAACACCCAAGACUACAUGGUGUGGAACGAGACCAACACCAGGAUAGCAUGGACGCCCAACAGAAACUCCCAGGCACAGGGCGCCAUCGCAGCCGACUCCAUCAUCAUCGGUCCCGGCUACUUCACCGCGCUCGACAGGUUCCCCAAAGAAACACCCGUCACCUUUGGCCUGAACAUGGCCUACAUGGCCGACGACUGGGAAGAACGGAUUGUGGCUUUGGCGCAGGGCGCCGUCAGUGGCAUCAAGAAUGUGAAACUGUAUUCGUUCGAGGUUGGCAACGAGCCAGACUUGUGGCUGCAAAAUUCCUUCCGUACCGCACCCUGGAACGGACAGACGUACACGAAUCAAUGGCUUGACCGAUGCGAGGUCGUCUAUGAGCGCGUUUUGAAGCCUGCCGGUCUUCCGUCUGCCUUCUUCGAGCCCCCAGCUACCGCAUCGACCAUUGGAACGACAUUUGAGAUUUCACAGCUCGUGGACGAUGGCAUCAUGGAGGGACGCAAUGGCGACAAUUAUAUGACCGUGUGGAAUCAGCACGAUUACUACUACUUCAUCGGCGUUACUCCAACCCCCCUGACCCUGGACAAUCUCAUGGACCUCGACAGCACCAACACGCAAUUCGAAUACUGGGAGAAACAGGUAAAGAUCGCUCUAAACACAGGUCUUCCCUACGUGUUGCGUGAGAUGAGUUCCGUCGGCCCUAUUGGUAUGCCCGGCGUCAGCGACACGCACGGUGCCGCGCUCUGGACCCUCAACUUCUUCCUUUACGCAGCAUCCAUUGGCAUUUCCUCUGUGCAGAUGCACAUGACCGACAACUCCAACGCUAGUGCAUGGCAACCCAUUCCCAUGUAUGGUCGCGACACCAGCUUUGUACGACCACAGUACUAUGCCCACGCUGCCGUUGCGCAAAUCAUCGGCAACGGCAACGGCACCACCCAAAUCUCCUCCCUCAAGACCAGUAAUGUUGGCGCCGCUUACGAUGGCCGCAUCCGUGCCUACAGCGCCUACGCCAACGACAACCUCCAAUCCAUCACCAUGAUCAACGCAAAGCAGGCCAACUCCACCUCGGACAAGGGUACCUUUACCUUUAAUCUCAACCUCGGCUCCUCAAACGCCAACAAAGACGUCUUCCUCUCCUACCUCACCGCCGAUGGUGCAGAAUCGCAGACCGGCGUAACGUGGAACGGCAUGAGCUACGACGACGUCACCGGUCUUGCUUCUGUUGUCGACAACCAGCAAAAUGUAGUCAGAGCCGACGGGCAGGGCCGUAUUGCAGUUCCCGUCCGCGACUCCCAAGCCGUCGUCGCAAAUAUCGGCUGGCAGCUCGGUGUCAACCUCGUCCUCAAGCCCGACGGCACACAGUCUAAGAAGAGUAGUGCAGCUUCGUCAUCCAUGCCUGGCGCCAGCCUCGCCUUGCUCACUAGCACGCUUGUGAUGGUGGCCACGUUUACCAUGUUUGCCAGUGCCUGA